AUGCAUCCUGGGUGGCGCCGAAGUCCGAUCGAGACGCGAGAUGCGUGUUCAUUGAUCUGGGCGCAGCCAAUGGAAACAGCUUCGAACGGUUCCUGCAGCUGGUCUGAAGCUUGCAGAUGGCCUUUCUGCAGGGCCGAAUUAAGCACCUUGCGCCCUACCACCCAGUUGUUCCCUUGGCCUCAAACAUGUUCACUCCUAUCGAGGCAGGGCGACUACACUCCUUUGGCCUCCUGCCCAAAUGGAGGAAAGUGGGAGGCUCUGUUGGUGGAGGCGAAUCCCCGUUUCGACUCGGCCUUGCACCAGGUUGAGGCCCAGCACCCGAACCAGGUCAAAGCCAUGCCCUCCUCAGCAGCCUACAUGUGCGAUGCGCAAACAAGCUUCUAUCUGGACAAUGUGAACACCGAGCACAACUACUGGGGAUCCAGCCUUUCCCCUUCGCAUCAGGACGUGGUGAAGAGUGGCAAAGUGAAGGUCACGGUUCCCACAAGGAACCUUCUCCGGAUCCUCCAUGAACAGACCACCGCUAAGGACCUCGUGAUUGUCAAGAUGGACAUCGAGGGAGCGGAGUUUGAUAUCAUCCCUUGCCUCGCUAACUCUCCUCAGGUGCGUCUUGUUGACAAGCUCUUCAUGGAAGUGCACGACCCCUCUUGGGGUCUGGUCGGCAACAGCGAGCAGGAGUUCCGGCGGGCGCAGGCCAGCCUUCGCAGGCAGGGAGUCGCCAUCCCGGCCUACAACUCUCCCACGUUGCUUCAGACGUUCUCCCAGACUGGCAUAGCAGGCCGCAGGGGAGGCCUCUGGGGAGGCCGCUGGGGAGGCCUCUGGAAAGGCCUCUGGGGAGGCCUCUGGAGAGGCCUCUGGGGAGGUCGCACGAUCAACCAGAUCAUGGUGCUGACCUACGCCGAGCGCACGCGAGCCUACCACUACGAGGAGGUCUUCCCUGACAUCCGGGUCAGUUGGAUGGUCGGGUUGACAGCUGCGCACUUUGCAAACGAGCAGGACAUGAUGGACAGGGAGGAACUGGUUCCCAUGACAGAGCAGAUGAAGGCUCAGUGGCGCAGCAAUCCAAACAGGGAGGCAGACCGUAAGGCUGGCACGCCGCCCCUGGGCACCCUGGCAUGUGCCCUGGCCCACUACAAGGCAUGGCAAACAGCCGCUGCUUCCUUGAGUGGCCGUGAGUGGCUGGUCAUCCUCGAGGAUGAUGCCCAGCCAGAAACGACCUCCGACGAGCUGCUCCGAGACCUGUCAGGGAUUGCUCCGGAUGUCGAACUGGUUUUUCUCGGCGAACGACACUGCCCCCAUGGGUACGGCUCCACGGCCUAUGCCAUCACGGCCAAGGGGGCCCAGGCACUCCUCGACACGCCGUUCAUGUACAACGCCGACUUCUACCUGGACGUGCCAAAGAUCAAGCGUGAAUGCUUGGCCCCCCACUUCCGCCAUCAGCCUACGGAGGCCAAUGGGACGAGCAUGACCAAGCUGCUGGCCAGGCCUUCCACGUCGUCCUAG